AUGUCUCCUACUGCUUCCACUGGAACCCAGCUUGUUUGGGAUGAUCACCAAGGCCAAUGGCUCAGAAGAAGAAGGUUAGAUGGAGCCAUCAACAGGGUGCCUCUCGGGUUCUAUCAAAAAGUGUGGAAUCUUCUCCAGAAAUGUCAUGGUUUGUCUAUUGAUGGAUACGUCCUUCCUUCUUCAAGCACAAGAGAGAUGACUGCUUAUGAAAUCAAAUUUGCUGUACACGUCGAGUCUGUCCUCAACCAUGUUCCUCAGCCGGAGUACAGACAGCUGCUAGUGGAAGCAAUACAUGUACUUACAUUGGUAUCAGAUAUGGAUGUUGACAGCAUUGGUGGGAUCAUCCUCGUGGAUCGUAUUGUGCACAUGGCCAGUGAUCUGUUUCUUCAGGACCAGAAAGCCUUGGGAGCUGGAGAUUUUUACCUCGAUCAGGAUCCAGCAACUGGGAUCUGCAAUUUCUUGUAUGACAGCGCUCCUAGCGGUGCCUUUGGUACAAUGACUUACCUGACCAAGGCUGUGGCCACUUACUUGCAAGAUUUUUUACCAAGUUCUAGUUGUAUGAUGCAGUGAACCGUCAGGGUUAAAUAUAACGUUUUGAACCAAAUACUGUAGUUGUGCUUCAGCUACACGAAUGCCUUGUUUUUGGUCUUGGUCUCGCUUGUAAGCAAUGCAAGAAAUUCUCAUUUGUUACUGCAAAAUUACAGGCAAGUUAUUCCAGCGGAAAUUUUUUAAUUAUAGUUUCAGCUGAAAACUGUUCUUGUAAGUAUUGGGAGGUGGAAAACCAGAAUUUUACUAGAAAAAAUAUUCACAUAAUAUUUUAUUGUAAUAUAUAGAAUAUUUUAUGAUCUUAGUUUGUUAUUAAACUGGUUAAUAUAUUUUUGGUUAAUAUAUUUAGACAUAAUAAAAGAAUCCUUGUUAAGUAGAAUACAAGAGAACCUUGGGUUUCAUGUUGUACACAUAAGUAAUAACCGAGACUUAAAUACAGUAUAACUAGUAAUAUUAUUCUUAUACUUUUUUCACUUUAGUUGGGUCACAUAAUGAAUUAUUUCCAACUAAAAUUCUCUUUUACUUUCCUACUAUGGGUGGAGAUUAAUUAUCGUAUAACUUAAUGUGGUGUUUCUCUCCCAGCAGUACUCCCUUUAUAACUAGUGAGCAGGGAAGUUAGUGACUAGGGAGCCGUUCUUCUAAACUGGGCAGUCCAAAGCAGCAGAAAAUAAAUAUAGCCUAUAGUGCUACAUCAUUUUCCAUAGAUUAGCUAUGGAAGUUGACUGGUUUAUGGUAACAUUCCUGGGGUCUAGAGCUUAGAAGGUAUUAACGUCUGCAGCCCUAGUGGUCUAGGGCAGUGACAGGAUUAAUGACGGCAACCCUGAUUCUCAAGGGUAUUAAAGUGGUUAAUAUCUGCAUCUCUGGCGGUCUAGUGCAGAGAAAGGGUUAAGGUUAUAUAACUUGUGUCCACCUCUACAGGCUCUAUCAUUGUCUGGUGAAUGCAUCCCUGGUGGUCUAGAAUAGUGAGAGGUUUUGUGUCCGUAUCCCUAGUGACUUAGGGCAGAGAAAGAGUUUACCUGAUCUUCUAGAGCAGAGAAAAGUUUAUCUCUAGAGCAGAGAAAGGGUUAAGGUUACAUAACCUGUUUCCAGUGGGUUAUUCACUACUCCAGGCUCCAUUAUUGUCUGUAGUAGGAAGACUGAGAAUAGAUUAGGGGUUAAUGUCUGCAUCCCUGGGGGUUUAGGGUAGUGAGGGGGUUAAUGUCAGCAUCCCUGGUGGUCUAGUGCAGAGAAAGGGUUAAGGUAACACAACUGGUAUCCAAUGGGUUACUCACACCUCCAGGCUCCAUCAUUGUCCCUUUAGUAGCAGAUAUUAUCCUCUUACACAGACUGCUCCCUAUGGCCCCUUCACUGUUACACAGACUGCUGUUAUGCCCCACAUAUCUUCCAGACUGCACCCAAUGCCCUCUGUCUCGUGCAGGCUGCUGCCCAUGAGCCCCUCUCUUACAGAAACUGUUCCCCAUGGUCCCUACUCUCUCACAGAGACGGAGCGCUAUAGCCAGCAGUAUAAUAUUACAUGGGUACAGUGUCUUGCUAAAAUGAUUUACACAGGGCAGUUGUCGGGAACAAAUGUUAGUAUGAACGCUCAUUCUUGACAUUUGGCCUGUGUAAAGGUGCCGCAGAUCAUAUGAGCAAAAUGCUCCUUCAUCGGGUGAAAUCUAUGUUUCUGGGCAGGAGAUCAUGCUAUGUAAACAGCGAUCUGUGGGCCAGAAACAAUAAAUCUGUAUGAGGACUAGCGAUGGCAGUAGCCAUCACUGAUCUCCAUACAGUGGAGGUGAUUGCUGCAUCCUCCACUGAUGAGCAGGCAAUUAUUGGGAAGCCAUGGUUCACGAUAAUUGCCUGCUAUAUCAGGUCAUGAAUAUGUGCACUAAGCCUUACCUAGUUCACAUUGAAUGGGUGUUUUGAGACUUUACUAUUGAUGACCUAUCCUUAGAAUAGGUCAUCAGUAUCCGAUCGGUGGGGGUCCGACAGCCAGGAUCAACUGUUUAAGAAGGCAUCGGUGUUUGCAGUAGUGCCGCAGCCACCUCUCAGCUUUCCCUAGGUCAUUUGACGUCAAUCACGUUCAUUGAGUGAAUAGGGCUGAGUUUCAAUACCAAGCACUAGGGAUCGACCGAUUAUCGGUUUUACCGAUAUUAUCGGCCGAUAUUCAGUAUUUUGACAGUUAUCGGUAUCGACAUCUAUUUUGCCGAUAUUCCGAUAAUGUAUUGGGAACACAGAUCGCGCUGCUGACAGCGCUCUCCGUGUUCCCUCAGCAGCACAGGGGAGAAGGAGGCAGUGUCUCCCUCCCCCUGUGCUGCUGCUGCCAAUGAGAGGACAGGGGACAAGAGAAGAGAAUUAUAAAUUACCAAUAUUUUAGUGACUUUUAAAUAUUUUUUUUUUAUUUUAGUCGUUAGAUAUUUCCUUAAAUUCAUAACCAUAAAUUUUGCAAAAAAAUAUCUGUCCAGGACAAAAAAGGAGAUCUAGUCAAUAAAAUGUAUCCUCACUGCUGCUUCCCCUCCCCUCUCACAGCAUUCAGUCUUAUAGAGAGAGUGUGAGAAAACUGCAGCUGCAUCCCCCUCCUCCCUGUCCUCCUAAUUAUUGUUUUAAUUUAAGACAUAUUUAUGGGGGACUGAUGGAGUUUACAUGAGCAGAGAGCCUUUGGGUAAGGAAAGUUAAACUAAAGGCAACUAGAAUAUGAGGUUAACGCGACUUUUAACUAAUAAGGUUUAUUAUAGAGUUUCAUAUAUUCUCAUGUACUAAUGAGUUAUGUUAAAGUAUAGUUACACUUUUUAGUUAUCCUUAAUACAUAGAACCAUGGAUCAUUUAUACCUGCAAACAAUAAUGUAAUGGGGGAGACGGUACAGUCAAGAAGCUCCUGCCAUUAGAGGGUGUAGUUGGGCCCCUGGAUGCCCGCUUACAGCCCCAGGAUUCUUAUAAGACACAGUCUUAUAGCUCACUCACACAACAGUCUUCUGAAUACCAAUGGUACUUACUGCCUGUGCAAAUCUCAGAUUUUCAUGGAAUUCCCAAUUGUUCAGUAGCAAGGAAGUAAAUAUGGCUUAAAAUCGUGUACAUAGUUAGGUGCUGCAGCUAAGAGUGUUACCUUCUGACGAUCUUGUUAGAAAAGCCAUCUAAUGUAUUUCUGCAACCUGCAUGUGUUCUUUUGCAGAAUUGCUGCUAUACUAUAAGUAAAUGUCAUGUUCUCUUCAGCAACAGUAAUAUUGAUCAGUAAUGGGAAUCUGCAUCCAGCUCUAAUAGUCAGUUUGGUUUUAUAAAUCUGUUUAUACAUUUGUUUUUCUGUAUGGGAAAAUGGCAAUCUAAAAUUAAUUUGAUUUUAAUUGUGUUGCAAAAUUUAUGUUCCGCAGAUACAUGUACGGUACUCGUAGGAUGAGCUAUCUUAAAUUUUCUUUGGAUCUGGGAAUAAUCUGUGGUACUGUGCUAAAGUUUAAGGCAGGUGUGGCCAUUCCUAAAGGGGUUGUCCAGAUUUCUUAGUUUUUCACGAUGCUGAUGAUCUAUCCUCGGGAUAGGUCAUCAAUAUCAGAUUGGUGGGGGUCCAACAGCCAGAACCCCUGCUGAUUAAACCACCACCAUGUUAUGCUGCAGAGGUUUAGGGUCCCAAACCUGCCAUCUGUCCCUGCAAGGAGUAGUAAAUGACAGUUGAAGUUACCUGGGGAAGAGUCGCAGAUUCUUCACCAGUGGCAUCCACGGCUUGUAUACUGUGCUGCACCUGAGGUCAGCACACCUUGCUUCACUGCAGUUGCACCCCAAUUACAUGUGCAUGCGCAGUGAAACGUGGACCCGUUGCUGCUGAAGAAAAGUACCAGACCCUUCUCCUGGUAAGUUCAAUUGACAUAUUCUAUUCUUGGCAUGGAGGGAUGGAGUCCUCUAUGGGCAGGAUUAGGACAAUAAUCCCCAGCUGCAUAACAGCAUGCUGGUGGUUUAGUGGUCCCAAACCAGGUUACAGGUUCCCUAUAAUACACUUCUGUCACAGACUAGAAACAUGCAAUGACAGAUGCAGCUGCACAUUCAUUUACAAUUUCUGUAUAUUAUAUAUAGGCUAGGUGAUGACUAGUGAGAGCGCCGUGUGCGCUCCUCAGUGACACUGAAUGUACAGAAUCUAACUGCUGUUAUGCAUAUAGUAUAUAUUGAAUGUGUGAAGAAAUAAUCAAAAAAGUUUUCUGACUACUGAACAUUUCAUAUGACGUGUUUAGCUUGUUUUCCAUUUACUUGCAGAAAUGCGUGUAUGUGUAUUUCUUUUUCUUACAAUUUGUCUCUAAUAAACCAAUAUUCAAUUAAA